UGUGUGCAGCGCGGGGGUGAAUUCCGCAAUGACUUGGGGUCAACGGCGGCUCCCCCUGUUGCAAUCCGUGCCCGGAAGCGCAUCUCUGUUGAUGAGGGACCGACCGAAGUGAGAACUGCUUCUGGUUGCUCUCAGCCGCUUGGGGUCUCCAAGGCUCUGCAGCCUUUAACCCUUCAGCAACCGGCGACUCCAGAGCUGGCAGCCUAGAGAAGAGCAGCUGCUGGUGGUGGUUGCAAUGGAACAGUAUGUGCUCCUGGACCCGCGGCAGAGAGCCUUGUACCGGGAUGUCAUGCAGGAGAGCUAUGAGACACUGAUGGCACUGGAAUUUCCACUGUCCAAACCUGACCUGCUGUCCCGACUGGAACGAAGCCAUGAGGCAAGAGCCCUUGACUUUCAGGAGCCAACAGCCAUCCCUCCAGCUGUCAGUGAGAAUACUGAGGAAAAGCUCCAUCCAGAACAGGAAGAUUCCACAGCAGAGGAACUCACAGGGGUGGCCUCCAAGGAUUCUGAAGGUGGGCAGCCAAACACCGAGGGCUGGGCUGAAGACUCCCCUCUCCUGUCUUCAACACCUCAGCCACCUCCAAGACCCAACAUCUGCCAGGAAUGUGGCAAAGCCUUCAGCCACAAAUCUGCCUUGGUGAAGCACCAAAAAAUCCACACUGGAGAAAAGCCUUAUGAGUGUGAGGAAUGUGGGAAGAGCUUCAUUCAGCGGUCAGACCUGACUAUCCACCAGAGAACUCACACAGGAGAGAGGCCGUAUCGGUGCCCUGAUUGUGGAAAGAGUUUUAGCGUCAGCUCCACUUUGUUGACCCACCAGCGGAUCCAUGUGCCAGGAGGUGAGAAACCUAAUUGCUGCCCCGAGUGUGGCAAAUGCUUCAGCGAUCCAGUGGCGCUGGAGCGUCAUCGCAAAGGCCACACUGGGGAGAAACCCCAUGAGUGCAGAGACUGUGGGAAAAGUUUUGCCUGGAGCUCCCAUCUGGAGAGGCACCGGCGAAUCCACACAGGUGAGAAACCUUACAAAUGCCCUGAAUGUGGCCGGGCGUUCGCUUGGAGCUCCCACUUGGACCGACACAUGCGCACCCAUGCUGUGUCAGCUCUACCCGAGGAAGCGCCCCCCUCCAAGUGCACAGAUUGUGGCAAGCGGGUCAACCACAUCACGCAUCCACAUCGCUUUAGGCACAAGAGCACCCAGACCCCUAUAGAGCAUGAGGAUGAGGAGGGGGCCAAGAACGAAGUGACGGAGAAGGAGCAUCCCCAUCGCUGCGCAGUAUGUGGGAAGUGCUUCAGCCAAAGCUCCAACCUGCUCAAACACCAGCGUGUCCACACCGGAGAGAAACCUUACCAGUGCUCAGAAUGUGGGCGGUGGUUUACCUGGUGCUCCGCCCUCCUCAAACACCAGCGCACCCAUAGCAAAGACAGGCCUUUCCCCUGUCCAGUAUGCACCCGGGGUUUCAAGGAUCCCACUUCCCUGGCCAAGCACCAGCUCAGUCAUGCUGGCGGAAAGCCUCAUCAGGGUCUUGAUUGUGAUAAAAGGUUUGGGCGGAGCUCCCACCUGGAUGCACAUUUUCAGAGCCACACAGAAGAAAAACCCUAUGAGUGCAAGGACUGCGGCCGGGGAUCUCGCUUAGGGAGGCACCAGCAGAUCCACAUCGGGGCAUGCCCCCAUGGCUACAGGGAGUGCAGCAAAACCGUGCCCUUAGAGGCCACACUGGCCACCCAUCGGCGCCUCCACGAUGUUGAGGCCAAGCCUCACCAAUGCCCCGAAUGUGGGAGAGGGUUCAGUGCUGCCUCAGUGCUGGAACGUCACUGUCGGCUGCAUCGUGGCAAGAAGCCUUAUCAGUGCAAUAUCUGUGGCAAGGGCUUUGCCUGGAGCUCACACUUCGACCGCCACCGGGUCUCGCAUACUGGAGAGAAGCCUUUCCCCUGUGCAUACUGUGGGAAGUGUUUUGGACGCAGCUCCCAUCGCAACCGGCACCAGCGCUCCCACGCUGUCCCUGAAGGCCAAGUCCAGCCACAGGACAACCUAGAGGGUGCUUUACCAACUGCACCAGUGGCCAAUUGGUGGGAAGGGGAUGGAGACAGGAGACCCUCACUGGAGCAGCAGGAAACCUGGCCCGUCACAAUGGACCCAGCAGUUCCAUUCCAAUGGAUGGCCAAGUCUUCUGGAGAUGCAUGGAGAACAAUGCGGGGAAAUGACCCUGGGCCUGAGGCAGAGAAUUUGACACAUCCUGCAGAAAGUUGGACUCAGCCACCUCCUCCAGUUUCCUCUCCCAACCUCACUUGACUCCCCCCCCCCCGAUGCAAAUAUUGUACCUUUGUUAAGCUGCCUUCUCAAAACAUGCCACAAUUGAACAGGCAACCUUCUAUUUCAUUCCAGCUUACCCAGAAGCAGAUGCCUCCUUGGUACCUAGAACACACUUCUAAGAGUCUCUUCACCACCUGGAUCAGGGUAUGUGUAUGUAGGUGUUUUUUUAAUUUGGUUGCUUUCAGUUUUCACAUUCCUGCCAGUGGCACAUGUGCAAACGUUUUGUUUGGAUAAGUCACAGCAACCCGGAGCAGUACUGCAUGUUUGUAGAACUGGCUUCUCCAUGAGAGGGCACCCUGAGAAUAACAACUCCCAAGUUUCUAACCCAGUGAUGGUGAACCUUUUUGAGUCCGAGUGCCCAAACUGCAACCCAAAACCCACUUAUUUAUCGCAAAGUGCCAACAUGGCAAUUUAACCUGAAGA